AUGUCUUCAACCAACAACGCCCACGACCCGAGAGGUGACAACAGCGAAAAGAGCGACAACAACAACGACAAGAGCGAUAAGGCCAUCAUGCCUGCCACCGCUGCAACUCCAACUCCCACUGCCACUGCCACUCCAACUCCAACUGCCACUCUUACUCCUACCACCACCACCAACAAUCACAUCAUCGAGGACACGAGCUCGAGCUGGGCCUGCAUUUGGGCAUGGAUUGCCAUCAUACUCACGCUACUCUACUUGACCGGCCUGUUGGAGAUCCUCCUCCUCCCCCCCCCCCUCCAUCCUCCUGCUGCCCAUCCUUGCCAUCCUCGUGAGGACCCCGGGCCUGAUGAGACAGGACCAUGGCGGAAGGGAGAAUGUUCUUGUUCCUGCUCCUGCUCCUCCUCCCAGCCCUACCUCCAGCCCCAGCCCCACCUCCAACCCGAGCCCGAACCCGAUCCCGAGCCGCACCACCUCAGGUACACCUCCUUCGACGCCCCCCACCGAGCCCUCGAGUCCCGGUGCGAAGGAGGACGAGGAGGACGUCUCGGCAGAGGAAAUCGCCGCGGACUGGGAAGCCAGAAGGCGCAGGAGCGGGGCAAUAAUCCCCUCUUCAGCCUCUUCCGAUCAGGAGGAGGAGGAGGUCCCAGCGGAGGAAAUCACCGCGGACUGAGAGGCCAGGAGGCGCAGGAGCGGGGCACCAAGCCCCUCCUCUUCCCGGUUCCCUUCGCCGGCACCAGCACCGGCAUCGGCGCCGGGAAACGGCCAUGUGGUUAUGUGAGUAUGUGA